UGCCGAGUCUGCUCACUGUGUUGUUCAACCUUCACGUCACGGGUAGCGUUUCUCCUUUCCUCCCCGUGUAUUCACUUUAGUGCAAUUAGUUUGGCUGUUUGCAAGUGACGAUGGCGUCUGAUGCUCACCCUGGCGUUACCAACUCGUCUGCCGGUAAUGAAGGCAUUCUUAUUGGAGACAGAGUUUAUUCUGAGGUCUUCCUCGCCAUCGACAACUCGCUUAUCCCGGAGGAGCGACUCUCUACAACCCCGUCUAUGUCAGAUGGCCUCGACCUCCACAACGAGACCGACCUGCGCAUCCUUGGCUGUGAACUAAUCCAGUCCGCUGGCAUUCUUCUCCGUUUACCGCAGGUGGCCAUGGCUACAGGACAGGUUCUUUUUCAUCGGUUUUUCUACUCGAAGUCCUUUGUCAAACACAGCUUUGAGAUUGUUGCCAUGGCUUGUGUUAAUCUUGCCUCGAAGAUUGAAGAAGCACCACGCCGAGUAAGGGAUGUGAUAAACGUGUUUCAUCAUUUAAGACUGCUUAGAGGAAAAAGGACACCAACCCCAUUGAUACUUGAUCAGAACUACAUUAACACCAAAAACCAAGUAAUCAAAGCAGAGAGGAGAGUGCUGAAGGAACUGGGGUUCUGCGUUCAUGUCAAGCAUCCCCACAAGAUCAUUGUAAUGUACCUUCAAGUUCUUGAGUGCGAGAAAAAUCAAACCCUCGUCCAAACAGCCUGGAACUACAUGAAUGACACAUUGCGAACAAAUGUGUUUGUGAGAUUUCAAGUUGAAACGAUUGCCUGUGCCUGCAUCUAUCUUGCAGCAAGAGCCCUUCAGAUCCCACUUCCCACCAAACCACACUGGUUUAUGUUGUUUGGAGCCACCGAAGAUGAGAUUAAGGAGAUUUCGAUAACCACUUUAAAACUUUACACAAGAAAAAAGCCUAACUAUGAUUUACUUGAAAAAGAAGUUGAGAAGAGAAAAGUUUCACUCCAGGAAGCAAAACUGAAGGCCAAAGGACUAAACCCUGAUGGAACUCCAGCUCUUUCAACAUUAGGGGGGUUUUCACCUGGCUCUAAACCAUGUUCACCAAGAGAAAGUAAAAUGGAUGAGAAGUCGCCAAAUUCACAGAACUUAAAGGCUGCCAAAAAGGAGCCAGACGAUAGACAGCAGAGCUCCAGGAGCCCUCAUAAUGGCCUUAGGAAAGAAAGCAAAAGGAGCAGAAGUGUGAGCAGAACACCGUCAAGGACUAGAUCAAGGUCUCGAUCUCGAACACCAAGACGACAUUACAAUAACAGAAGAAGCCGUUCUGGUACAUUCAGCUCACAAUCUCGCAGCAGAUCCCACAGCAGAAGUCUUACUCCUCGUCGUCUGCAGAACCACGGAUCUCCUCAUAUCAAAUCCAAACACCGCAAUGAUGACAUCAAGAUUUCAAACAGGCACAGCCACAGAAGAAAGAAAUCCAGAAGCCGCUCGCAUUCUCUCAGCAAGUCCAGAGACCGCUCUGAGGCUGUUAAGAAACACAAGCAUGACAGGGGGCACCACAGAGACCGGCGAGAGAGAUCUAGGUCUUAUGAUCGUACACACAAAAGCAAACAUCAUGGCACCAGUCAUUCAGGGCACAGCAGGCACAGGCGUUGAACGUUGGCUGUUUUUGUGAGAACAUUGAGACUUACAAACUCCAAACCUUAGUUUGAUGUAGGGCUUGUGACUUCAUUUUUUUGUGUAAAGAUGGAAUAUGUUGUAAAAUAAAAAGCUUUGAUUUUUUAUAAGCAUAUUUUCUAAAUUCAGGAAAUGUAAAGUUUUGCACAGUUAAAACGAUACCCUGGACGGUAUAACACAUGUUAAGUUGUAAGAAAUUGUAUACUGUAGAGAUGAGUGAAGUUUUUUUUUGGUAAUACAGCUGGAUGCAGACACUUUUAUUUAAGACCGCUUUUUACCUGUUAGAGCCAUAGUUAAUUUGUUACAUUGGGUUUUAGUCUGCACGUGUAUUGUCUGAUUUUUACAAAAAUAAACUAAAUAUUUCAGUGUGAAAGACUGGGGUAAGGGAACAAAUGGUAAACUAAGGAAGUGUCAAAGUCCAUGACUGCAGUAUUCAUAACUGCAUUACAACCAUGUAACUUCAUUUUGCAAACACAUAUCUUAAAACAAGUGUAAGAAAACAUGAGUGAUGAGGCUACAGCAACCUUGUACAAAUACUUGAAGUGCUCUGUCAUUUUAUAAGUGUACAGUAAAGUCUCAUGUUUGUUUUGGAGCAAGUAACAACCAACUGAAUUGUUUUCGAUACCUCCUUAGUCACAAAUGCACAAUGUUUGGCUUUGGCAAAUCAUAUUCCUGCCCCACUCAGCUCUUAAGAAGGUCUUUAAAGUGAAGGUUAUUUACAGGUCACAGUAGACAUGCCAGGAUAUGCUUGUAACCACAAGAGGGUGUCAACAAAACAUGCUUCUAACUGGAAUACUGUGUUUGUGUUUUUGACCCUCUUGAAUACUUACGUCACUUUAAAACUUUUCAAAACACGUUUAGCCCACAAACCAGCACACAUUAACUACAGUAUUUGGCAGUGUAAGGUAAUUGAGACAUUACCUUAUCUAUUGCAGCUUGAAUGAAUAAGUAAAUCAAAUGACGUAGCAAUAAAGUUGUAUCUUAGUUUGGGUUUAGGUGAUGUGCAAAGAUUGAAAUGCAGCACAUAGGGUAGUCACCAUGAAGAUUUUGUAAGCUUAGCAAGUGUAUACUUGGAACAGUAAAAUUGUAACUGUCCACUCUUUCAUGCGUCAAGAUUUGUAAAUAAAGAAUUAAAAUGUUA